AUGCAAAUAUUACGACUCUUAGUUGCGGUAGCCGUAGUGCUAUUCUCCGUCGUUGUGAUCGCCGCCGAAGAUUACUACAAGGUGCUUGGUCUUUCCAAAACUGCAUCAGAGAAAGAUAUCAAGCGAGCAUACAGAACACUGAGCAAAAAAUAUCAUCCGGAUAAGAACCCCGGCGACGACACCGCGCGCGAAAAGUUCGUCGAAAUCGCAGAUGCCUACGAUGUUCUCUCAACCAGCACGCUACGCAAAGUAUACGACGCAUACGGCCACGACGGGGUCGAGCAGCACCGCAAAGGCGGGUCAGCGGGCGGCGGCCACGACCCAUUCGAUCUAUUCUCGCGAUUCUUCGGCGGCGGCGGACAUUCCGGCCACGCGCCUGGCCACCGACGCGGACCAGAUAUGGAAGUACGUGCGGCGCUGCCGCUCCGGGAUUUCUACACCGGGCGCGAGAUCAAUUUCCUCGUCGAGAAGCAGCAGAUUUGUGAUACGUGCGAAGGCACGGGAUCGAAGGACCGUCAUGUUGUGACUUGUGAUCGUUGUUCUGGGCGUGGUGUGGUUAUUCAGAAACACAUGCUUGCGCCGGGGAUGUUCCAGCAGGUGCAGAUGCAGUGUGAUAGGUGUCAUGGACAGGGGAAGAAGAUUAAGAAUCCUUGUCCUGUUUGUGAGGGUAAUCGGGUUGUCAGGAAUCAGGUUGAGACCAGUGCCGUUAUUGAGCCUGGUAUGGGCAAGGGUACCAGACUUGUGUUUGAGAAUGAGGCUGAUGAGAGCCCUGACUGGAUUGCUGGUGAUUUGAUUGUCAUUCUGGAUGAGAAGGAGGCCGAGUUCGGGAAGUCGGAGGAGGAGAGAACGGAUGGGACAUUCUUCCGACGCAAAGGAAAGGAUCUUUUCUGGAAGGAGACUCUUUCUUUGCGGGAGGCUUGGAUGGGUGAAUGGACCCGCAACCUUACACACCUUGAUGGACAUAUUGUACAUCUUGGGCGCCGACGUGGCGAGGUUGUGCAGCCCCUGGCUGUUGAGACUGUGACCGGAGAGGGCAUGCCACAUUACUCCGAAGGUCAUUUACAUGAUCACAAUGAGAAUGAUGAGACGGGCAAUUUGUAUAUUGAAUACGCUGUCGUCUUGCCAGAUCAGAUGAAGAGCGGUAUGGAGAAGGACUUCCACUCGCUCUGGGAGAAGUGGCGCAAGAAGAUUGGAGUCGAUUUGGCGAAGGAUUCUGGGCGACCGGUUGCGCCUCCGCCGGCGGAGGAGAAGGAUGAGUUGUGA